GACGAUGAUGAAGGCCAACAGGCGACAAGCAGGGAGGUUUAUCUCUCGAAGGGCCUCCAGCAAAGACUGCACAAAGCACACCCACACAUAGGCGUCCUUGUGUGCCGUGGAGAGUGAGAAGACUGAGGAAAGAGAAUCGUGCCAUUGGGUAUGAGGCAUUGGCUUGGCUGGCUGGCUGGCUGCUUCUCGAUCAAUUGCAUUUGGCUGUGGGCUUGGGUAGGGUGUCUCAGUAGAACAAGCGGGAAAACAGCAACUCUGUGCGACAGCAUGGGCCUUCCAUCACUGGACGGACAUGGCCCAAGCAGUGACUGUUGUCGGGGUCUGGCCAGAGACACUGAAGGAGCGGACGCGGUUGUCGUUCGUCGUGGAGGCCAGCCACAAGGCGUUUGGUAGUGUACAUGUGAAUGUGGUGUAUCCGUAUGUAGCCGCACACUGGGUUGCAGGAAAGGAUGGG